AUUAUCGUAUAUCUGAUGACGCUGAUGACGAUCGAAGGCAGGGGAGAAAGAAGGGAACAGGAACAGUCUUGGAGAGGGGAUAUAUUUUGCCAGCAUCAUGAUUUUCUGAGUUGUGGAAGCUGUGGUUCGUUCUGCGAACAGCAAACCUCCCCGCGGCGGGACGGUGCGCGCGCCUGCGUGGCGGCCAGAGAAGCGGGUCGAGGCGCGGGGGACGGCACGCCGAGACUCUCUGCUGCCUGCCUGUCUGCCGCUAGUGGUGCCGCCCACGCCUGCCGCCAUGUCCGCCCACGACCAGAUGCGAGCCAUGCUGGACCAGCUGAUGGGGACCUCGAGGAAUGGGUGGAGCAAAGAGCGUCACAAAGCUUUAACUUGACAUGCUGGAAAUCUCGGCAGCCACGUGACGACACCAGAUACCGCCUCAAGUUCACCGACCCCAAGGUGUGCAAGAGCUUCCUUCUCACCUGCUGUCCACAUGAGAUUCUUUCCUCCACUCGGAUGGACUUGGGCGAGUGUCCCAAGGUUCAUGACCUGGCGCUGCGUGCUGACUAUGAACAAGCCACGGCCACCAAGGACUACUUCUAUGACAUUGAUGCCAUGGAACACCUACAGUCCUUCAUCACAGACUGUGACAGACGCACGGAGUCAGCAAAGAAGCGUCUUGCAGAGACACAGGAAGAGCUGAGUGCAGAAGUAGCAGCUAAAGCCAACAAAGUACAUGACCUUGCUGAACAGAUUGGCAAAAAGCUGGCAAGAGCAGAGUCUCUGGGUGCUGAUGGCAUGGUGGAGGAAAGCAUGAAACUUAUGGAGGAAGUGGAAGACCUUCGAAAGAGGAAGGCAGCCGCUGAACAAGAGUACCGCAAUUCCAUGCCAGCGUCCAGCUACCAGCAGCAGAAGCUCAGAGUGUGUGAGGUGUGCUCUGCCUACCUGGGCAUCCAUGACAAUGACCGCCGCCUGGCUGACCACUUUGGAGGAAAACUUCACUUGGGAUUCAUCAAGAUACGAGAAAAACUUGAAGAGCUGAAGAAAACAGUGGAGAGCCGCCGAGAGAAGCGAAGAGAGGAGCGUGAACUGGAGAGGAAUGCAAGAUUUGGUGAGAUAGCAGACUACGAUGUUACAAGGGACCACGAGAGGGAGCGUUACCGGGAUGCAGAACGGGAUCGACGUGACCGCUACCGGGAUGGGGACCGUGAGAGGCGACGCCGUAGGUCCAGGUCCAGGUCCAGGUCCCGUGAGAGGCGCCGACGCAGGUCUAGAUCCCGCGACCGCUACUACAGGUCACACUCCAGGUCCAGGUCGCGUGACCGUAGGUAAAUGUGCUGAUGUGACGGAUGGCUAUCAACCCAACCAGGAUUCAAGAGUGAGUUGGUGACACUAAUGACUUGUGUAGGAUAUACGGUUUUAAGUUUAUGCAAUUAAUUUUAGUUACAGCAGUGUAUGUCCUAAUCUGUACUGUGUGACAGGAAACGCUGCAUCUGUAAAAAGUUGAUCUGAUGAUUGCUUCUGUUUGCAUGCGAGUGCAUAAAUAAACAUUAUUAUUUACCAUAGUAUUUGAACUUGAGAUACCUGUGUGUUUGAAUCUAAGAAGGUUUUUACAUACUGGUAGUCUCACUUGUGAAAAUGUUAUUUUUGUAUUCAGUUGUAAGUUCUGAACUGAAUUAAAUGUUUAGGUUGCUUUUAUCAUUUUAACACUACACCACAACACAAAAUUAAGAGGGGUCUAGCCCAGUGUAAUGGUCUAUAUGAUUAUUGUUGUAACUUUCCAAUCUUGGAACUCCUUUUCCACAAGCCAUGAAACAUAUAUUUUUUCUAUGAUAAUUUUUAAGUAUGGAAGUUUAGUUGGGAUUGGUAAUUGAAUACUGAACAAUGUAAACAUGCUGUUGUUUUUUUCAGAUUGUAUGGAAUUUUUGUUUGAAGUUUUGUUAAUUUGUACCAGGAUGAUAAUGUACCCACAUGUAAGUACUCCCUUUAAUAGAGAAGUAGUGGAACUGAGGAAAGUUUGUAUUUGAUGCCCUAAUCCUUCCUGAUAGCCUACAACAAUCAUCCCUCCAGAGGCUUGUAUGUACUCAUUCUUGAUCUUUCACGUACAUCUUCAAUUUUGCUCUAAGUACAGCUGGUAAGUUGAACA